UUUCGUUUGUUGUUAAUUGACAGAAUAUCGCAUCCCCUGAUUUUGUCUUGUUAGAUAAAUCUUUGUACGAACGUAAGGUGUAAAUAAUAAGUAUAUAAGGUAUAAAAACCACUACGUUGAACGCCGUAGCGUAUAUUGAUAUCUUUGAAUUCAGUUUAAAGUCCGUCAUAAAUCUAAUUUCCAAUUAUGAUGGACUGUGUCGAAGAAAGCAACAAUGAUCCACUCACAGUUCCUGUAUCCAGCCCGUCAUCUGGGGACUCUACUGUAGAGAAGAAAAAACCAAGUGAAAAUGUCUCACUGGCCGAUAACAGUCUAUUGGUGGACAUAUCAGACGCACUGAGCGAAAAGGAAAAGGUCAAAUUCACGGUACACACGAAGACAACGCUGCCCGAGUUUCAGAAGUCCGAGUUCCUGGUGGUGCGGCAGCACGAAGAGUUUGUGUGGUUGCACGACAGAUACGAAGAGAAUGAGGAAUACGCUGGCUAUAUUAUACCGCCAGCCCCCCCUCGGCCGGAUUUCGACGCGUCCCGCGAGAAACUACAACGCCUCGGGGAGGGAGAGGGAGCACUCACCAGAGAGGAGUUCCUUAAGAUGAAGGAGGAGUUAGAGGAUGAAUAUCUCGCGACAUUCAAGAAGACCGUUGCCAUGCACGAGGUCUUCCUACAGCGGCUAGCCGCUCACCCGGUGUUCAGGAAGGACGCCCAUCUGCGCGUGUUCCUCGAGUACGAGCAGGAUCUGUGCGCCAAGCCGCGGGGGAAAAUGGACCUUAUCGGUGGAUUGGUCCGGUCCAUGACGACCACGACAGAUGAGAUAUACUUGGGUGCGACGGUUCGCGAUGUGAACGAUUUCUUCGAGCAGGAAACGGCUUUCCUGCAGGAAUACUACUCGCAUCUGAAGGAAGCCGUGGCCAAGGUCGACCGGAUGACGUCUAAACAUAAGGAAGUGGCGGAUGCCCACAUAAAGCUGUCGUCAUGCAUCACGCAGCUGGGCUCGCGGGAGCAGCCGCCCACCGAGCGGUUCCUCACCAGGGCCGCGGACACGUUCGAUAAGUGCCGCAAAAUCGAAGGUCGCAUGGCGUCGGACCAAGACCUGAAAUUGGCGGACACGCUCCGCUACUACAUGCGGGACACGCACGCCGCCAAAGCUGUCCUCGUCAGGCGGCUCAGAUGUCUGGCUGCCUACGAAGCGGCGAACAGAAAUCUAGAACGCGCCAGAGCUAAAAACAAGGAUGUGCACGCCCCGAUGGAAGUACAAGAGGCGGAACAAGCGCAGUCGGAGGCGUGCGCGCGUUUCGAACAGCUAUCAGCACGCGCGAGGGAGGAACUCAUCGAUUUCAGAACGAGACGGGUUGCUGCGUUUAGAAAGAGUUUGAUAGAAUUAGCUGAAUUGGAGAUCAAGCAUGCGCGCGCGCAGCAAGAGCUGUUCCGGAAAUCUCUGCAAAUGCUAAAGGAAUGCCAAUAAAUAUUAAUAUUAUGCAAUAAUUGUUUAUUAAAAAUAUUUUUAAUCUUUUUUGUAUUGUGCAAUGUCUAGCAACGAUUUAGUUUUUGGAACAUUGAUACAAAUCUUUACAUUAGAAAAGGAAAAAAGCAGUGAAAUGAUAGUUAAGUUAUAUCAGUCAUUGAGGCUGGUAGUUUUUUACCGAGUUCCUUGAAUGUUGGAUGGUUCUGUUUUUUGUAAUUUUUUUUUACUUUUUUUUAGCCUUAAAUGAUUAGAACAAUAAAUAUUAAAGAUAAUUAAUAUAGUUAAAAAAUGAAUAAAUAAAAAGACGCUUGACUCAUGUAACUAUUGUAUUGCCACUUCCAUCCACCAUCAUUUAAAUCUGUUCGUUAAAGUGGGUCAAAAUCGAGUCUAAAUUUUUGAAUAAUAAUAGAAAUUAAUUGUGUUUGUUU